UCAGACAAUCAAUCAAUCAUGUUGUUAACGCCAUCCCCCCUCCUCCUCUCCCUCCUCCUCCUCCUCCUCUCUUCCACCACCACCUUCUCCGGCGAUCCAACCACCACAAUCUACUCCACUUGCUCCAAAUCCCAAUACCCUCCCAACUCCCCUUACCAAUCCAACCUGAACUCCCUCCUCUCCUCCCUCUCCGCCGCCUCAUCCUUCACCCUCUACUCCCAAUUCUCCACUUCCUCGCCUUCCAUCUCCGGUCUCUUUCAAUGCCACGGCGACCUCUCCAUCCCCCGCUGCUCCGCCUGCCUCCGCUCCGCCAUCUCCCUCCUCCCCUCCCUCUGCCCCUCCUCCUCCUCCUCCUCCAUCCAGCUCCACGGCUGCUACCUUCGCUACGGCAGCGAUUCCUUCAUCGGCCUCGCUGACACCAAACUUGAAUACAAGACGUGUUCCACGAGCGGAAAUGGUGGCGGGGACGAGUUUCUGGCGGACAAAAAUGAGGCCUUUGCGGCAGCUGCGGUGGCGCCGCUCACCGGGAGUUCGUACAGGGUUGCGGCGGCGGGUUCGGUGAGGUUGGAGGCGCAGUGUAUGGGGGAUCUUAGUUUGAGAGACUGUGACGAUUGUGUUUUGGCGGCGGAGAAGCAGGCUGAGGUUUCUUGCGGCGGCGCCGCUGCAGGAGAGAUUUAUCUUGGGAAGUGCUAUGUGUGGUAUUCCGGCAGGGGGGAGAUUCCGGAGGGCGGUGGUGGCGGAGGGGGAGGGGGACCCGGCGGCCGCCGCAAUAAACCGGGCGCCCGCCGCAAUAAAGAUGAUGAGGUUGGAAAGACCGUGGCUAUCAUGAUAGGGAUUAUUGCCGUCAUUGUGUUUAUUGCCAUAUGCCUUUACUACGUGAAAAGAAAGGCAAAGGGUAAAGAGUAAAUACUGAUGAAGAUCUUCUUGGCAAGGCUUCAUCUCUUAUUCAUCUUGACUGCUUCUAUUCAUUUCUCUUUCAAGUUUUAGCUUUUAAGGUCCUAUUUUUCAACAAUUUGCAUGAAAAAAUGGGAAGUUAGCAAUAUUUUUUGUGGAGGAGUAAUUUGGGGGGAUGAUUUUCAUGUAUAAUUUGAAUUGCUUUGUAUUUAUUUCACAUUAUUAAAUGAAAGUGGUGUUCUUUUA